UGUUGAACGCCAUUUUGCAGUCAAUGGUAAAGCAAUGAAGCUCACUUACAACCCAGCAUUUUACAGCUCUAACAAGAUACUGGAGAGCAAGCUGAAGGUCAACAAAAGAGAACAGAAACAAAAUACCAAACACAAUCCAGUCAUUGAGCCAGCCGAUGUGAGUAAAGUCAAGAAAAAUCCUUUUUUGAGCCACGAGAAUCCUUACGGCCUCCUUCGGCGAGUGUGGUUCAUAGUGACCCUGUAUUGGUGCCGCCGUGGUUGUGAGGGCCAAAGACAGCUCCGCCGAGAAAGCUUUACUUUUGAUCUUGACGGUGAAGGAAAGGAAUAUGCAACCAUGACUCACRAGGAGCAGACCAAAAACCAUCAGGGUGGCUUUUGUGACAAGCAGAGUUAUGAAAACGAAACACGGUUGUAUUCAACAGUUAACUCCAAACAACAAGCGUUCUUUCAAAGACCAGUGCCAAUCUUUACACCAGAGGACCCAGUGUGGUAUGAAAACAAGCCUCUAGGUGUCAACAAGUUGGGUGAUAUGAUGAAGUCAAUCUCUAUCGGAGCCGGCUUGUCAAAAGUCUACACGAACCACAGCGUCAGAGCAACAGCUAUCACCAUGUGGUCAAAUGCUGGAAUCCCGACUCGUCGCAUAAUGAGCAUCUCUGGACAUACCAAUGAACAGAGUAUUCUAUCUUAUAACAGAAGACCAUCGGUCCAGCAACUAAAGACCUGCUCGGACGUGAUUUCCAGUGCAUUGACCGAUUCAGAGGGCGAGAGUAGAAGGCUUGAUCGAGAUCCCAGGGCUGUUUCGUCUGCUUCCACUUCUGUACAGGUUGUACAGUCUGAGAUGGCCAUUGACUCCAUUCCAGAGUCGAUCUUCAAUGGCUGCUCCAUCCAGAACGUGAAUGUCUAUGUUGUCAAGCGAAAUUGACAUUGCUUUUCUUAGCUGAACUUAUUAGUAAGCUUCGUUUUUUAGAACCUUUGAGUUCUGACUCAAACUCUUUUCGACUUAGCUAAAAAAAGCCAUUUAUAAGUAAAUGUCAAAAGUUUUGACCAAUAGCAAGCAUUAUUUCACAGUGGCUGUCAAAGAACUGUCAAAAUUAGCCAAUCACAGCGUAGGAAGUUUGGUUGUGAAAUGUUGACGUGUUUUAUGAAAAAAACUUUUGUAAGUCAUAAAAUAACCUUUGAAGUUUUCAAAAGUAAAUAACCGAAAAACCUUCGUCUUA